CCCUUCCUUGUUGCGAAUCGUCAAUGGAGCCCAUUUCUGCCCUUUCCCUUGCCUGCAAUGUCCUCCAACUUGUCGAACAGGCCAUCGAAGCCGCUAAGGUGUGCAAGGAGCUCUAUGAGCGAGGGUCGCUGGACGAGAACAAUGAGAUUGAGAGAUACGCCGAAGGUCUUACAGCCCUAAACAACGAUGUAGAGGCUGUCCUCAAGCAACAUCCAGCAACGACACCUUCUCGCGCCAGUAAGCUGCAGGCGAUUGCGAACGACGCCUCUAAGACGGCCGUCGAGCUCAAGAAAGUGCUCAAUCAGCUGAAGCUCUCGAAGAAACAAGGCAUCAGGGCAAAAGGAGGUGCGUUCCUGAUGACUCUUAGGUCGAUCUGGAAAAAAGGCACCAUUGAUAAACUCCGGGUAAAGCUGGAGGACCAAGAUGCGGCGCUGCAAUCUGGUCUCAUGAAAGACAUCUAG